GUCUGAAGCUGUCGCUUGUCGCCUGUCGCCGGUUCGGCAGUGUCGUGAUAGUUUUCUUAGCUCGAGCCAACGCGACGACACAUUUAACCUGUAACUCUUUACUCUUCAUUCGCCCAGUAGCUUUGUAGAUUGGCAUAAAAAUGAGGGCUGUACGAACGACGUGUAUCCUGAUCGCACUCGCUUGCUUCGUCCAUGUGUUUGAAAUCGCAUCUGGUGCAUCACUCCGUAAUAGCCCUGAGCCGACUGUAUCUCCGACGACUUCACCCAAAGGCACUACUGCACUACCGAAGUCCACUACUAUUACCACUCAUCCACCACCAACACCAGCGCCAACACCAGCGCCAACACCAGCACCAACACCAGCACCAACACCAGCACCAACACCAAAUCCAAAUAACACUACUCCUGUACCACCAACUCCAACACCACCCACUGAACCUACUACUCAUCCAACAAGUUCAACAACUCCAUCGACUACAUCACCCACACCACCUACUCCACCUAAAACCACCACUGCUAUACCACCAACAACGACACCCUGCCCACCCGACGAUCGUCACUUCGAUGGACUCAGUUUCAUGGGUGGCAUAAUCCUGACUGGUGGUCUGGGCGCGAUUGGCUUUAUAUUGUGGAAAUUCUACAAAGCGCGCACAGAACGCAAUUAUCACACACUCUGAAGCUACGUCAUAAAUUUGUGAAAUUACACUAUGAUCCUCAGUUAUUAGAACUAAAUACUAUUGAUAAUUAUUUUAGUUAUUAUAAUAUUGUGUAUUUUUUAUAUCGUCAUUAUAGUAUUUAGUAAGUACCGAAAGAUUGAAGUGCUCUUAGUACACUGACGUGCUGUUAUAUGAGAUUGUUUCUCUCAAGUCAGACUAUUAAAAUGAGUGUAUUAUAAGAUUGUGUGUGUGUACAGACAAACUAAAGAAACAAGAUCCUAAUGUAAAGUGUGCCAUGGUUAUCUGAAUACAUGGAAAAGGA